CCUAUAAUAUCAUCAUCAACCCUACACCCUCCUGUAACUCCAUGUUUUCCUUUAUAAAUACCCUCCUCCUAACCCUACAACAACAGCCUCCAUCACUUGCUUUGCUCACUAAACCUGUUCUGUUUUUCGUUGUCUUUGCGAAAGUUUUAUUAGAUUUGCUCAUUCUUGUAUGGCAGUGAGUUUACUUGCACGUGAGAUAUCUGACCUCUGCUUAGGCAAGCCUGCUUUGAGGUCUCUCUCACUCACCACAACGAUAACUGAAGUUCUAUUUGCUCUUAAAAACUCUGAUGAUAACUUCUUAAGUGUAUGGAGUUGUGAGCACACAGCAAAAACUAAUAAAGACUACAGAGGCAAUUGUGAAGAGGAUGGCUGUGAUGUUGGUGAGUGUAAAUGUGUGGGUAAAGUUUCCAUGGUGGAUGUAAUAUGCUAUCUUUGCAAAGACGAGAACUUGUUGUCCCCUUCUGAUGCUUUGAAAGCACCUGUUUCUGUUCUCUUGCCUGAGAUUCCUGGAAUGGUUGUUCACGUGGAACCAACUUCAAGCUUAUUGGACGCAAUUGAUCUCAUCCUCCAAGGAGCCAAGAAUCUAGUUGUGCCAAUAAAGACCAGAUAUAGCUCCAGUUCAAGAAGAAAACAGCACCAAAAACUCUCAAUCACCAGCCCCACCAUCCACAAUGGCCGGGAAUUCUGUUGGCUAACACAGGAAGACAUAAUCAGAUUCUUCCUCGGCUCCAUUGGCCUCUUUGCUCCACUUCCAGCUCUCUCUAUUGACACACUUGGCAUUAUAAGCACUGAUUAUCUUACUAUCGAUUACCACUCCCCUGCUAUCUCAGAACUUGAAGCCAUUUCUGGUUCUCUAGCAGACGAGAAUUCCGUUGCAAUCAUUGACAGUGAUGGCAUCUUAAUUGGGGAGCUCUCUCCAUUCACUCUAGCCUGCUGUGAUGAGAGUGUUGCAGCUGCAAUCACUACCCUUUCAUCCGGGGACUUGAUGGCCUACAUUGAUUGUGGAGGACCCCCAGACGACCUUGUCAAUUUGGUCAUGACGAGGCUUAAAGGGAGAGGCCUAGAAGCAAUGCUGCAAGAAUUCACCAAUUCUAGUUGUUACUCAACUACUAGCUCAUGUCAUUCACGGUCUUCAUCGUCAUCAUCUGAUGAGGAGUCAGGGAGCAGCACCCCAUUUAGUGCGCUGCAGAGACCAGGAAAGUACAGCAGGUCCAUGAGUUACUCAGCCAGGAUGGUGAGGAGGGCAGAGGCAAUAGUUUGUCAUCCCAAGAGUUCACUUGUGGCUGUGAUGAUUCAAGCAAUUGCUCAUAGAUUGAAUUAUGUGUGGGUCAUAGAGGAUGACUGUAGCUUGGUUGGGAUUGUCAGAUUUUGUGAUGUGUUGAAAGUUUUCAGGGAAAGUAUAGAAGAUAUGGCCUAAAAAGAUGGGGAGCUUUUUCUUCCUUCUUUUUUUUUCUGAUGGCUUUAUCGUUAACGCUGAUCUGGUGAGAUUAGAUCAAGGAAAUAAGUGGUAGGAAAACUGAAGGAGGAGUUUGGAACCCUUUUUGAUACGAGGAGAGUUGGUCUUUGAUUGUAUAGUUUGUAUGUGUUUUCUUUUUACUGGUGGGGUUUUGAAUCUUCUGUGCCUUUUCUACUUUUAAUUAUUGAAGCAGAACAGCAGGUGCAGGCAGAUUUGACAUGAUGCUCCUUUUUUGUUUAAUCAUCAAGUGUUUGCCUCGUGGAUCAUGAUUUUGUUGAAGAUUA